UCGGCGGUGCCACAGUAGCUGUAGCGUGAAAGAUGGUCGGCGGUCCGUGCGGCCGCAAGCUGGCUCGCCGGUCACGGUCCACCUUGAUAGCAGCGCUCACAGUCUUGCUGGUGCAGACGCUCAUCGUGUGGAACUUCAGCAGCUUGGACACGCGGGAGGAGAGGGGGAGCGUCGGCUCAAACGCCAGAGAAAAGAGAGACCGGGUCGGGUCCCACAAAGCAGGCACCGGGUACCAGAAAAUCGGGGUGCGGAGGCAGCAUCACCAGCCUCUGCUUGGAAAGGGGUCGUUUAAACAGAAGCAGCAGUCGGACAGCUUCCGGUCCCAGCGCCUGAGGGAGAAACCUCGCACCGACAGCAACAACAACGAGAACUCCGUGCCCAAAGACUUCGACACCAUCGACAACAGCAACUUCGGCGCACGCUCUCAGCCCCACAAGCCCACGCCCAGGGGCGGGGCCCAGGAGGUCCCACCAAUCCUGAGCAAGAGCUCCAACGAGGUCAUCCAGUACGGCCGCGUCAAGGCGCGCGCGGUAAGGCUAAACCGCACCCACCACGGGGCGGAGCUGACCCCGCGGCCCCGCCCACAGCCCACGGCCGCGCCCGCGCUCCAGUACGAGAUGCCGCCGCGAUGCGAGAUCAACGGCAAGGAGGUGAUCUCCGCCCUCUCCCGCGCCAGGACCAGCGAGUGCCGGCAGCACAUCGCCCACACGUACUGCCAGCACAAGGAGCGCACGCUGAUGCCAGAGAGAGUCACCCGCUACUGCCCCCUGGAGGGGAAGGCCAGUGUGAAUGUCCAGUGGGGGCAGGAUUCUGCAGAGACCCCCCCGGCCACGCCUGUCCGAAUCGCCUUUGUGCUGGUGGUCCAUGGCCGUGCCACCCGUCAGGUCCAGCGCCUCUUCAAAGCCAUAUACCACUCCUCCCACUUCUACUACAUACAUGUAGACAAGCGCUCUAACUACCUGCACAGACAGAUGGUGGCGCUGGCGAGUCUGUACCCAAACGUGCGUGUGACGCCCUGGCGCAUGGCCACUAUCUGGGGCGGGGCUAGCCUGCUCACCAUGUACCUGCGCAGCAUGGCAGACCUGCUGGCCAUGACUGACUGGAGCUGGGACUUCUUCAUCAACCUCAGCGCUGCAGACUACCCAAUCAGGACCAAUGAGCAGCUGGUGUCUUUCCUAUCACGGCACCAGGGCAUGAACUUCAUCAAAUCACACGGCCGGGACAAUGCCCGGUUUAUCCGUAAGCAGGGUCUGGAUCGGCUCUUCCUGGAGUGCGACACCCAUAUGUGGCGACUGGGAGACCGGCGGAUCCCUGAGGGCAUGGCCAUAGAUGGCGGCUCUGAUUGGUUCCUGCUCAGCCGCACGUUUGUGGACUAUGUGGUCAACUCCCAGGACGACCUGGUCACCAGCAUGAAGCGGUUCUACGCCUACACUCUGCUGCCGGCCGAGUCGUUCUUCCACACGGUGUUGGGGAACAGUCCUCACUGUGAGAAGGUUGUGGAUAAUAACCUGCGCAUCACUAACUGGAACCGCAAGCUGGGCUGUAAGUGCCAGUACAAGCACAUCGUGGACUGGUGCGGCUGCUCUCCCAACGACUUCAAGCCGCCCGACUUCCCCCGCUUCCAGCAAGCUGCCCGGCCCACGUUUUUCGGGAGGAAAUUCGAGGCAGUCAUCAGUCAGGAGGUGAUAAACCAGCUGGAUGGCUUCCUGUUCGGCAGUUGGCCGGCGGACACGCCGGGGCUGUCGGCGUACUGGGAGAACGUGUACGACGAGCCGGACGGCACGGCCAGCCUGACGGACACCCAGCUGACCCACUACCACGCCUUCGCCCGGCUGGGCCUGUCCCGCGCUGCCAAAAUGGCCGCCGCCCAACCCAUUGACGGCAGCGACUGCAGGUAUGUCCCCAUUGGCCAGCCCGUGGCGGUGCACCUGUACUUCCUGUCAGAUGUCUUCCAGGGUUAUCUGGUCAAGCAUCACGCCACCAAUCUGGCAACAGGCCGGCAGGAGACGCUGGAGACGUGGGCCGCCCCAAAAACGGCCUUCAAGCUCGCUGACCCACCCAGCGCCUUCAGCCGGCUAGACUUUGCCCAGAUUGGGACGGAUUGGGAUGGCAAGGAGCGGAUUUUCCGAAACUUCGGGAACCUGUUGGGCCCCAUGGACGAGCCGGUGGCGAUGCAGAGGUGGAGCAAAGGCUCGAACGUCACCAUGACGGUGGUGUGGGUCGACCCCACCAACGUGAUCGCAGCCACGUACGACAUCCUGAUCGAGGGCAACGCCGAGUUCACGCACUACCGGCCGCCGCUCAACCUGCCUCUGCGGCCGGGCGUCUGGACUGUGCGCACGCUGUACCACUGGAGCCAGGUGGCCGAAACGCGCUUCCUCGUCACGCCACACGCCUACAGCCAGCGCCAGCCUCUACGCCAGGAGGAUGCCGUGCGGUUGCACAGCGGUCCGGCGAAGAACAGCUACAUGGAGCAGAGCUUCCACGGGCUGAACCCCGUGCUGAAGAUACCGGUGCACCUGGCGCAGGUGGAGGCGGCCGAGCGCCACGCCCGGCUGACGGGGGCCGAGCUGGAGGCCUGGGUGGACGGCCUGGUGGGAGAGAUGUGGGUCGGGGCGGGGGUGUGCGCCGUGGGGCCCGGCUCCUGCCCCGCCCUGCCGCACUGCAGAGACACCCGCUGGAGCUCCCUCAGCCCCGACCCCAAGUCCCAGCUGGGCCCGCCCACGGCGAACGGCCGAAUCAGGUAGCACCCCUGCUGGCCUGGAGGACGUAUUACGACACGACCGUGUUGCUUUUAUAGCACAAUAAUUUAUUCAACCUUCUGCCACCAUCUCAAAAAAAAAAAAAAGACCUAAAUAUCUUUCCAUUUAACAUAAUUUUCUUUAUUUAUUAUCCUUUACUUUACCAGGUGAGUCCCAUUGAGAUCUCAGUCUCUUUUUCAAGGGAUCCCUGGCCAAGAGAUGCAAGCAGAUAAAAGGCAUACAGAAAUACAGGAAUAAUCAAAUCUGUUUCAAGAAAUUGCUCGGUAAGACCCAGGUAGCCCUGUGUCUGCUGGACUUCCUGUCUCCGCUGGACUUCCUGUCUGCGAUGGACUACAUGCCGGCUUGCUGCUUCGCUCCAAACGCAGCAGCCUGACCGAGAGCCAGUAUUUCUGGGCAUCGGUCCAGCGACCCGUGUGAGCUGCAGGCCUGGAGCGAUUUGUGGCAGGUGUAAGGCGGGAGGACUGGGGUACAGGGCUACGGGGUCCGCACCCUGUGGCCUCUUUAAUCUCACCCCAAAUCUUGACCAUGCUGUUGUUACCUACCCCACCUUUCAACAGGUGCACUAUGCAUACGGAACACCGCUUCACUGCAGAAAAAUCUGGGGUUUUUUUUAAAGUACUUGUUUGAGUGGUUAAGAAUGACUAUUCAAGAAGGACUUGCUGAAAUGUUAUUUCCUUUAGAAGGAGAAGUGGAGCGAUGCAUUCUGAGCUUUCUAUGAGGUGAAACGAAGAAAGAUUUUUCUAAUCCACCCGUUCAUUGUCAUUGAAACAGAGACCUUCAGCAGAAUAGAUACCUCAUUGUAAAGGUUCGGGUCAGCGUGUUACAGCUUUGAUUUUUAGUAGUUAAACUGAGCUCAGUGUGCUCUAAAUUUGAGGUCAGCUGAAACAGUCAAAUCCUUGAGCCUUUUUUAUGAGCGGUAUACAGAGAGUCAUAAGUGAGUGAGCUAUUUAUUUAUAAGAUUAUAUAACUAGAUAUUUUAGUCAAUGACUAAAGGCUACAUGCUGCUUUUGCAGCUGGUGAAUCUUUUUUUAUAUGUGAACAAGCUGCCUUUAUUUACAAAGGCCAUUGCCCCAAACCUGUACCUUUAAUCACAGCAGCUACCAGCUCUGGUGUGCUUCUGCAACAGUCACAGUUUAAAGGUGCAAUAGGUCAUUUCGGACUUCUAAUGGUCAAGAGAGGAAUAGCCACAAACACCUUCAAACCACAACACUGUUUAUCCCUCCCCCUUCUCUGAAAACACGCUGAUGUUGACUGUGGCAAUUAGAACCAAUUUUCAACCAAUGAGCUUGAAUUAUUGUACAUUUAUACAGUGUUGGGCUGUCAGCUUUAUAAUUUGAAACCCAAAUUUAAGGACUAUAAACACAGGCAGAGGGUGAGUCAACAUUUUCAGUGAGGGAUUUACAGUAGUCUUGUAACAAUGUUUUAACACAAAAAAUCUUACCUAUUGUACCUUUAAAUAAUAAAACGUAACUUUAUUAUUGAUUUUGUUUGGGGGGGAGGGGGGGGAGGAAACUGGUAGACAACCCACAGGUGUGUGGUAGCUGUCACUUCAACUGGUGUGAGUGCUGAUCUGCUCUGUUCUUGGCUUGUAUGGGUCUGGACACACACAGGGGCAGUUUAAUUAGCAGUGCAAAGCAGUGCAUGAAUUGUAAUAAUAGCGAUGGAAUGAGUAGUCCACAGCUGGGUGGUAAUGAGUCCAUUUCACCUAGAUCUGGACUUCAUCUCCCAUCAUCCUCUGUGGCUUUUGGGAGUGUGGAAGAAUACUGGAACAUGUCACAUGACAAGGAAGCUUUUGUCUCACCUGACUUUACAUGCAGCACAAAAGAGAUAUUUUUUUUACAUUUAGCUGACGCACUUAUCCCAUACCCAUGCAUAUGGAAUCUGAAAUUGGAUAUGGAAUAUCCAAUAUGGAAUCAGAUUGAGUAGGGUAUAACAUAAGUACCCUGUCUGGGAAGUGAACUUAAAGUUAUAAACCCAAUUCCCUAAUACCACACUGCUUCUCACCUGGCCAUAGCAAUAUUCAUAAUAUAGAUCAGAUGUAUGGCAAUCUGUGCACAGCUACAGUAUUUGCAAUUAUCUGAUCUGGUGAUGGCAGGAACAUAAAUCUGAUCAUUUUAUGUCGGGUUGUCCACUGCACACAAGGAGAAAUGAGCAGAAAUUAAUUUUCUUGAUCUUUGUUCAAAGAAAUAUUGAACUUUUGAUUCACCUUUACUAUAAUGUACAGAAAAGAGCAAAUCGCAUUUGCUAAAGCUUUUUCAGGUUGGCUGAUGCAUGCAAGUGAACCUGAUGCUUGUUUCGUACAUUAUAAUAAAGGCAAAUCCAUAGGCAAAUAAUUAAUUUCUGCUUCUACCUGUGUGUGGUGGACAAUUCCUACAUUGGAAUAUAAUAUAUAAUAUUUAUAUUCAUAUUUACAGUGAUUUAGCCCAGUCCAGUGUCGGUAUUCUCUCUCUCUGUAGCCAUAAAACACAUUCCUUCAUAUAUUGUUUAUUUAAACAAAACAGUGGAAAAUGUUUCACUGUGUUUUAGAAAAAAGUCAUAGUAUGAAGAGGAAUAUGGAAUAUAUAUUUAAUAUAUACACAGAUAUGGCAUAUAAUGCAAACCAUAUAAGCUAUUACCACUUUCAUGUCAGCUAGUGCAUAUGCUGUAAAAUAAUCGGUACGUGUAAUGAAGAAAAACAUGAAAUAGGGUAUAAUUGAUAUGUUUUGUAAGAUUGGAUGCAUAUUUUGUAAGUGAAAUAACUAUUUUGUUAAAAAAUAACAUGAGGAAAAUGUACAUGAGUAUUUUGUAAUGGAUUUAAAAAAUAAUAUAUUGUAAAUAUGAAAUUAUAAGUAAAGAAAGGAAACACUGGGUCGCUACUAGCUGGAAAAUGAAUGGUCAUUUGCAGAUCUUUUCAGGGGUGUGUGGUGAUGGAGCUCAGCUCUCUGCUGGAAUGCGUUGCUGGACGACCAUCGCACAGCUUUUUCCCGAUCCUGCCUUUCAAAGGUCAGGCCCGUGCCUUAACGUGUCCCUCACAAGUGGAACUUCCUUCGUUUUCUGCUGUCUGUCUGUGAACAAAGCGGUCUACUUAGAAAAACCAAAACUUACUAUGUUAUUUUUUGUGUGUGACUGUUGAAUUUUUAAAUAAAAAAAUUGUAUAUGUA